GAACUGCCAGCCUCUCCAGCCUCAACUCACCUUCCCCUCUUGUUUAUGCCCCCCAUAAUCCCCACGUUCUUCCCUAGCCUGAGCUGCAAAAGGCCACACGUCAUCUUUAGGAACAUACCCCCCCGCCCGGUCCCCUGCGCCAGUGGCUUGAGUGCACCCCCCUCCUUAAGUUGAAGUGUCCUCUGAACGGGGGUCCAUAGCCCCUGAGGGUUGGGAGAGACUCUGCACUUGGCUGUGCCCUGACUGCAUCAAUCCCCGGGGGUCCUGUUCACCGUGGGACCCUUUAGCCUCAGCGCCCAAGCUGGCUAAGUGUAGGAUGGAUGGAUGGAUGGAUAGUUGGGUGGAUGGUGGAUGGGUGAAUGAAUGAAUGAACGAGGAACCCUCACAGACCCUGCAGACGAGGCGGAAGCCCCGUGGAUCCCUAGUCGGGACCGCCUCCCUGAUCGCUUUCCCCGCCACUCGCCAGGUCCCCGCGCAGACUCCUUUGCGCUGCGUCUCCCACCGUCCGAGAAGUAGCGGCAACUGGGAUCCCCAGCCCUGCCGUGGCGCCAGCUGCCUCACCCCUGCCGUCCUCCUCCUCUUCCUCCUUCUCCUCCUCCUCCCCCCCCCCUUCCCCGCUCUUUGUCUCUGGGGCUCCCGGCUUCCCCACCACGCGCCCCCAGCGCCCCGCCACCGCCACGACGCUGAGGGAUUUGUCCUGUGGCUGGGGUCCGCGAUCGGGGCCUGGCGGGGGCGGGGCUAGAAGGGGCUCGCUCGCUCUCUCUCUCUCUCUCUCUCUCUCUCUCACACACACACACACACACACACACACACACACACACACACACGUACACGCACGCACACAGGGAGCAUCCUCCCGUCAGGUCUCCCGGUCCAGCCCCGCCCGCGCCUCCUGCUUCCUGCAGACCUUCUCCCUGCAUCCCGGUAUAACCCCGCUCUCCAUUCCUUCCGGCUCCUGGACCCUCCUGGUCUAUCUCCACACAACACCCUGGGAUGGAACGACUCGAGCCAGCCCGGAGCCCCCCGCGGCCAGGGUGAAGGUCUCCCGCCCCUCUCCUGCCCGGCCCUCGCCUUGAGCACCAUGGGCCUGAGGGGUUCCCGUGACACAGGACGCUGAAGAUGACGGAUGCUGGAGCUCUCUUGAGUCAUGGCUUCUUCAAAGCUCCGAGAACCUGCAGAUGAGGUUUUUGACUUGGACUUGGCUGUGCCAGAGACCACCAGACUGGACAGUAGCUUACACAAGGCCCGGGCUCAGCUGCUGGCCAAGGGCCGGAGACACCGGCCCUCCCGCUCCAGGCUACGGGACAGUGCCAGCUCUGCUGAGGAUGGUGAAGGCUCUGAUGGGCCUGGAGGCAAGGUGACUGACGGCUGCGGUAGCCCGCUGCACAGGCUGCGCUCGCCUCUGCACUCCGGCCCGGGCUCCCCCGCCGGGGGCUCUUUCUGCCUGGAGCCCCCGGGUUUGCGGCGCAGCCUAGAGGAGGACGAGCCGCCACCCUCGCCGCUCGCCCGCUACCGGCCCCUGCACAACGCCGCCUCGCACGAGGGCCUGGCCGCCGCCUCGGGCUCGCCGCCCCGCUCUGCACCCUCCUCCGACAGCUCGCCCAGUUUUGUGCGCCGCUACCCGCGUGCAGAGCCGCACAGCGAAGAUGAUUGCCGGAAUGCCAGUCCCCCUGAGCCUGCCAGUCCCACUAUCGGCUUGGAUAAAAAGACUCGCAGAAAAUUCCUGGACCUGGGGGUCACUCUCCGCCGAGCAUCCACUGGCAAGAGCCGGAAGGAAAAGGGUAGCAACCGCCUGUCCAUGGGCAGCAGGGAAUCGGUGGAAGGGUCUGGCAGGGCAGGGAGCUCCCCAUUCCUGCCCUUUUCCUGGUUCACCGACAGCAGCAAGGGCUCUGCUUCCUCAGGCAGCACCACCUCCCCCACCUGUUCCCCUAAACAUGAGGGCUUCAGCCCCAAGAAGUCAGCUUCCCAGGAAUCCACCUUGAGUGACGACUCCACACCCCCUAGUAGCAGCCCCAAGAUCCCCAGUGGUCCUCGACAGGAGGCCAAGUGCUCCUACCCCUACCACACAUUGUCCCAGUCUUCGGAUGAGUUCCUGGAUGAGCCUUUACCUACUGUGCAGCACUGGACCAGCCAGCAGGUGGUCCAGUGGCUGCACAGCCUCAACCUGGAGCAGUAUGCCGCAGAGUUUGCUGCCCGCAAGGUGGAUGGACCACAGCUCCUGCAGCUGGAUGGAAGUAAACUGAAGAGCCUGGGGCUCAGCAGUUCGCAUGACCGGGCACUGGUGAAGCGGAAGUUGAAGGAGCUGGCAGUGGCUGCUGAGAAGGAGCGGAAGGCACAGGAGAAGGCUGCAAGGCAACGGGAGAAGCUAAGGCGCCGCGAGCACGAGGCCAAGAAGAGCUAGGGAGACUGGCGAUGCUGGCACCCGGGCACACUUGUAAUCGCCUGCACAGGCCUCACCAAGGAGGUGGGGUCUGGGCACCAGGCUCAUGGGGCACAUACCCCUCUCACCCUGUUUGGACUGAGUCCUCUGGAGGGAGACCCCAGGGAGAGGGCUCAGUAAUUAACCCAAUUUUGAGGACUUGAUUGGCAGACUUCCAGGGAGAAGAAGGUGGCAGCUGAGGCGGGCAAAGGCCAGGAAUGCAGUGUCUGGAGCCUACAGGAGCCUGGUUCAUUAUGAACCUCUGUCCUCAGGUAGGGUGGUGCUGGGCAAAAGUAAGCUAGCAAGAGAGGCCCCACCAUGGCCAGGAUUUCUAGGCUCAGAGGGCAGCUUGAGCUUCUCUACAGGGACCAGAGGACAGGGCUGUGUCUCCUGAGCUAAGGUGGCUGGUAGAAAAGCAGUUUUCCCAGAGGUCAGUGGGCACUGCAGGGUAGCACUCAGGGUUGGCUCCCAGAGAGCUCCUCAGAGUAGAGCAUGCAGUGCAGGGGACACUGGCUCUACUAGGGCUGUAGGAGAGAAGAGGGAACCACUUCUCUUUCCCCUUCACUACCCUGCGGGUCCCAGGGGCCAGAUGGCCCUGCGUAAUUCUGUCCCUCUCCCACUGGGUCAGGAGUGGGUCUCUGACCCUCUUGCCAAGCUAGAAUUCACUUCAGAUAGCACGUGAACCUUCUUUGGGGGUAGGAUAAACUUGGGAGCUGUUGGGGACACAGGACAUCCCCCUACUAAUGACUAGGGGGUGCUGAACUGGUAAUUCUCAUCACUGCAGCCAGGCAGAGGCACCUGAAGGCCCCAUCAGCUCUCCAGGCAUGGAUAUGUCAGGCUCUCCACAGCCCAGAGCUAGCAGACAUUGCUGGCUCAGGUUUGCUAGGCUACAGGGAGGGCUGGGCCAGCCCUGAGUCGCGCUGGUAUCUAUCCUUUUUAGGAGACAUUCAGAGAUAGAGGGUCCAGGUGCCAGGCUGGCUAGCAGCUGGCCCAGCUUCUAGGGCGUUGGUCAGUUACUACUUGGCCCAGGGGACUUCUGAUGAGAAACUUCCACCCCUUCCAGCUGUCUGAAGGGGUGGAAAGGUCCUGCAUGCUGACUCCCUCACUCCUGCCUGGGGCUAGAAGCCAGGGCUCUGUGCCUCAGCUCAGCCAUCUGCAUUGGGAGAGUGGCUUCAGAAGGAAACUGAGGUGAGGGGCACUAGCACUAUCUGGAAUGGGAAGGAGGGUGGAAGCCCUACUGUUCCUGAAGUUAUCAGGGGUCAAGUUUACAUGCCCACCUGCAUGUGAAAAGAGGAGGCGGUUCUCAACUUCUUUCAAUAAACACUUACCACAUA